CUCUGCUAGAAAGCAGACAAAAAAGCCCUGGGUAGCAAAGUCAGUUGCACCCAGUUUGAGGCGACCAUGGAGCGGCUGGAUCAGAGGAUGCAGGAGAUGCAGGGCCAGGUGUUGGGACAGAAUGAGCACUGGAACGAGGUGGAACAGCAGCUCAGCAAGAUGAUAGAAAACAAGUUGGAUCGCCUGGAGCUGAAGCCUUUCCAUAAGCAGAUGGAGAAGAUCUGGCAGAAGAGCAUCAAGGAGCUAGAGAAGAAGAUGGCAGAGAGUGACAGCGCUGCUGGGCUGAGGAAGUGA